CUGAUUUGUUUUGACACCGGACAGAGGGAAGAGGACAGGAGCUGUGGAGAGAUAGCUGAAAGACACGGCGUCUUCAGUUGUUUACCUGAAACUAAAAUGUGCACAUGUGUCCGACUAUGGCUUCUCCUCCUGGUUCUUCACAGACUGACCCUCGCUGCUGGCGCGAGAAGAGAAAGGAGAAACGUCCUCUUCAUCAUGGCAGAUGAUUUGCGGACAUCAUUGGGCUGCUACGGAGACUCUGUGGUAAAAUCACCAAACAUUGACCAGCUGGCUUCCAAAAGCCAAGUUUUUCUAAAUGCAUAUGCACAGCAAGCUGUGUGUGCUCCCAGUCGUACAUCCAUGUUAACUAGUCGCAGACCAGAUACAACCAGGCUCUAUGACUUCAAAUCCUACUGGAGAGUCCAUUCUGGAAACUACACCACUAUGCCACAGUACUUUAAAUCUAGAGGAUACUUCACCACGUCUGUGGGCAAGAUAUUUCACCCAGGUAUCGCCUCUAACCACUCCGAUGACUACCCGUACAGCUGGUCCAUCCCUGCCUACCACCCAGCUUCAUUUCGAUUUGAGAAACAAAAGAUGUGUAAAGGAGAGGACGGUAAACUCCACGCCAACUUAUUGUGUGCAGUGAAUGUGACAGAGCAGCCUGGGGGAACCCUACCUGACCUGGAGACCACAGAUGAGGCAGUGAGGUUACUGAAGAAUUUGGCCAAUGACGAUGUUCCUUUCUUCUUAGCCGUGGGCUUUCACAAACCACACAUACCCUUCAGGAUACCACAGGAGUACCUGAGCUUGUAUCCCAUAGACCAAAUGACCUUGGCCCCUGACCCUGACGUCCCUAAAUCCCUUCCUCCUGUGGCCUACAACCCCUGGAUGGAUGUGAGAAAGAGAGACGAUGUCCAAAAAUUAAACAUUAGCUUUCCUUAUGGACCAAUGCCGAAAGACUUCCAGCUGCAUGUCCGUCAGCACUACUAUGCUGCUGUGUCAUAUAUGGACGCUCAGGUUGGACGACUGCUCAGUGCUCUGGAUGAGCUCGGGCUGGCUGACAGCACUAUGGUGGUGUUCACCUCAGAUCAUGGUUGGUCGUUAGGAGAACAUGGUGAAUGGGCUAAAUACUCAAAUUUUGAUGUGGCGACACGUGUCCCUCUUAUCUUUUACGUUCCUGGUGUCACCACACUUCAUGAUUGGCUGGGAGAGUCUGCUUUCCCCUUUAUUGAUGUCUUAACCAAAUCAAACUACAGCUUUCAGAAUGCCAGAGUUAUAAGGAACGUGGUGGAGUUGGUGGAUGUUUUUCCUACAGUCUCCUACAUGGCUGGCCUCAGAGCACCUGAACCUUGUGCUGAUGUUUCUUUCCAGGAGGAGCUGUGUACAGAGGGAGACAACCUGGCCCACACUUUCCGACACAGAGAAAGGGGAGAGGAUGAGGAGGCGAUAUCUUUUAGCCAGUACCCUCGACCUGCUGAUGCACCACAGGUGAACUCUGACCUCCCUGACCUUAAAGACAUAAAGGUCAUGGGUUACUCUCUACGCUCCUGGGACUAUAGAUACACUCUCUGGCUGGGGUUCAACCCUAAAACAUUUCAGGUGAAUGUUUCUGAUGUCCAUGCUGGAGAGCUGUACAUGUUAGCAGACGACCCCGGCCAGGACAAUAACGUCUACAGUGACUCUGAUCACAGUGUGAUAAUGAAGAAGAUGGCCAGUCUGCCUCAUACUGUGAGUCUGCAGAUGAGAAUGAAGCUGCAGCUCCUCUACCUCACAGCAGGGAUGAAAACGAAGAGAGGGAAGGCGUGAUGACGGGAAUAAAGUACAACAGAUGGACGGACAGGGACAAGUACAAAGGGAAGACAGAUGGAUGAAAAACCUUAAAAAGGGAGAAUGCCUUGAAUCUUUCUUUUAAUAUAAUGCAUACUUGAUUCAGUAAUCUCUGGUAUCACCAUUAAUCUUUCAAGCUCAGCUCUUCAGGCUAAUGUUCCAUGUUCAGAGCUCAUUGGCAGACAGACCUGGAUUCAACACGAGCGAAGUGAAUAAAAAAAACGCUUGUGCUGUUAGUUUGAAGACUUUUCACCCUUUGAUUUUUGACGAAGAGAAAAAUCCACAUGUGCAGAAACUUGUGACUGGUUUCAUCCUCCUCCGGCUAAACAGAACUUCCAGUGUUUUCAGUGACUGGCCUUUUUACACCUGCCAUUCACAUCUGUAAUUACUGACUUGCAUGGAGGAAAUGUCAGUCUGAUUUUGAAUGGCUCAAAUUUUAGGAGUAGGGGAGAUUUCUGAUUAUCUACGGUAGUUAAUAGAAUGGUUUGACAUUUUGGAAAAUACACUCAUUCGCUCUCUAUUCAAGAGUGAGAUGAGAAGAUUAAUAUCACUCAC